AUCUUUCUUUUUGUAUAUGCUAUACCUACUAUACUGGCUAUACACCCGGCGAUAUCCGGAACACAUGUUUCUUCCUAACCAUAGUACUACGUUUUUGGAUUCGUGUAGUGAUUGUUUGAAUUAUUGAAUGGAAUACAGAAUAAACAAAAUAUGUCAAAGCUGUUUGUUUUGUUUGAGCAUGCUGCUGGGUACGCAGUCUUUGCAGUUAAAGAAUUUGAAGAGGUAGGAAUGCUACUGCCUCAAGUUGAAGCAUCCGUUACAGAUAUAUCACGCUUCAAUACAGUUGUGAAACUCAUUGGAUUCUCGCCUUUUAAAACUGCCUUGGCAGCUCUAGAAAAUAUAAACAAUGUAUCCGAAGGAGUUGUUCCUGAAGAUUUGCAAUUAUUUCUGGAUUCCUGUAUACCAAAAGCAGGAAAAAAGGAAAAAGUGGUUCUUGGCGUGGCAGACCCAAAACUUGGAGCCAGUAUUACAGAAGCAUUAAAUAUAAAAUGCGAUCAUACAGGUGCCAUUCCAGAAAUCAUCAGAGGAAUCAGAUUUCAUUUCCAUAAUUUGGUAAAAGGUUUCACUGUUAAAAGUUCUGGUGUUGCACAACUUGGACUGGGACAUAGUUAUUCUAGAGCCAAAGUAAAAUUUAAUGUCAAUCGCGUGGAUAACAUGAUCAUACAAAGCAUAGCUUUGUUAGAUCAAUUGGAUAAAGAUGUAAACACAUUCAGUAUGCGUAUAAGGGAAUGGUACAGUUAUCAUUUUCCAGAACUUGUAAAAAUAGUUCCUGAGAAUUAUAUGUAUGCCAAAGUUGCACAAUUAAUCAAGAAUAGGAAAGAACUUACAGAAGAAAAAUUGGAAGCUUUGGAAGAAGUUGUCAUGGACAGUGUUAAAGCUCAAGCAAUUAUUGAUGCAUCAAAAUCAUCUAUGGGAAUGGAUAUUAGUCCUGUUGAUCUCCUUAAUAUCGAAAUGUUCGCGGCGCGUGUUAUUGCUUUAGCUGAUUACAGAAAGCAAUUGGCAGAAUAUUUAAGAUCUAAAAUGGCUGGAGUAGCUCCCAACUUAGCUACAUUAAUAGGUGACCAAGUAGGAGCCAGAUUAAUAGCGCAUGCUGGAUCUCUUACGAAUUUAGCCAAAUAUCCGGCUUCUACUGUACAAAUAUUAGGGGCAGAAAAGGCUUUAUUCAGAGCAUUAAAAACAAGGGGCAACACUCCAAAAUAUGGGUUACUGUUUCAUUCGACUUUCAUUGGCCGUGCUGGUACUAAAAAUAAGGGUAGAAUUUCAAGAUAUCUUGCGAAUAAAUGUUCCAUAGCGUCAAGAAUCGAUUGUUUCACCGAAAUACCAACCAAUGUAUUUGGCGAAAAGUUGCGACAACAAGUAGAGGAUAGGUUGAAAUUUUACGAAACUGGUGAAAUACCUAAGAAAAACAUAGAUGUUAUGAAGGAAGCAUUACUGGAGGCUUCACAGAUAAUAGCGAACAUCGAAGAAGAAUCGCCUAAAAAGAAAAAGAAAAAAUUGAAAAGGAAAAGAAGCGAAACUGUAGAAAAUGGAACGGAAAAUGGAUUUACUGAGAACGGUGUACAAGAUGAAUCUGAGGAACCAGUGAAGAAAAAGAAAAAAAAGAAAAAGUCAAAAAGUCUAGCCGAAGACGAAUGAAAAACAAUAUUUUGAGUCUAUGUAACUGUAAUGGACAAUAAGAUAGAACUUCAAUGUUGAAGGGAAAUAGUAUACAAGAGGAUAAUCAAUUGGAUAUAGUUAAUGCAAGGGAAAAUGAUGUUAAAAGUGAAUAAAUUAUAAUAGUUCAAAAUUCGUAUUAACACCAGCACCAAUGAGCAUUUAAUAACGAUAAAACUGUGAUGUAAGUAUAAAUACUUGAAGAAUUAAUAAUUACAAUUAUCGCGGCUACUGUAAACAAUAUUCCGUCAAAAAUCGACGGGUGAACUAUUAAUUAUCAUUCGCACGUAUAUAUCAUAAGCAACGUAAUAACUGUCCUAAAUUUUUGCGGACGAACAGUAACUUUCAACUCUGUUGUAUUUCUUUUUAUACAUAAAAUCGUAAAGUAUACGUAACUUUUAACCAUGAACUCUAAACGCGCGAUUAAUAUUGAUAUGUACCGAUACAUAUUGAUUAAUAUUGCUUAAAGGUUUCAAUUUAAUACUUAUUAUUUUAAAAAUACUUUGAUAAUAAAUGCAACUAUACAUAUAUAUAGAUCUAAUAGUAAAAAGUGUUUUUGAAAUUUUUAAACGCUAGUAAGUAAUCAUAACUCGUUCCACACAUAUACAAUAGCCACAAUAACCUUUAGAAAUAUACUCAUAACAAUGAAACAAAUGAUACAAGUCAUUAACAAAGUGUAAUUAAAUCAAACGAAUGAGUCCUAUUUGUAAAACGUAUAAUGAACAAUAUCAUCGCGCGGAAUAGCAUAAAAAUACAGUUUACGCUUACACAUGAAUUAAGGAUGUGUAUUUCAAUAAGACAAUACACAUUGUUUCCUAUUUCUCAAAUGUGGAAUUAAUAAAAAGGGUCGAAUACAUCAUUCUUUACCAAUAUUCUGUGUACAAAUUUAUAAAACUUAUUUGCUAACAAAAAAAAAAGGUUCGUUUAAUUUUCAUCCAGUUUGACACUAUAAAGGCCUCCGUAAUUCUAGACUGUAAUCGUGCCUCUAUAUAUUAAUAUUUAAACGGUUCGAAUGAUGGUAAUACCGCACUUAUUCAUAUUGACUAUAUUUGUUUAUAUUUGUACAAUAAUAUAUACAUAUGUAUGUAUAUUAAUACAUACAUAUGUAUGUAUACUUUAACACUUUAAAAAUAUAUUCCCCAUCUACGUCAACUUUUUUGCUUCAUAUAAAAUGCUCAAAUAAUGGAAAAUGUAAAGGAUCCAUUUUUUCCCUUACGAAAUUCAGUCUCUGAUACUUGCAUAGAAGCCUGUAAGUUAAUUCCACAUCAACUUUACGAGAAUUGAAAGUGAGAAUUUGAUAACAACCUAAUCAUAGAACUGUUUGAUAAAUGUAAAGUAAUUUUAACCAGAUAAAAUAUAAUUUUAGGAUGUUCUAUACAUACUAAUGGUAUAGUAUACGUUUUAUAAAUCUGAACUUUGCUGCAAAUUCUGAAAUAACUUUUAAAUUUUACUUCUACUUUAUAAAUAACAAAACAUUAUAACAUUUAUCGUAUUAAAAUAUAACUGUCAAAUAAAAAUAACGAAUAUAGCAUGCAGUCAAUUUUUUCAUUAACAAACAUUCCAAUGUCUAAGAAUUAUUAACAAAAUAACAUAUUAUUGUAUGAUAUAUUUCAGUAUCAUGCAGCAAAGAUUAUUAAAAUCAUUGCUAACAAACAGCACACAUAAAGGAAAUAUGACUUAACAAUGUAAUAGUUAAUACUUAAUUAUCUGUAGCUAUAAUUUUUCUCUUAAUAAUCGAAUAAACAAUUAUGCGGAAAGAUAUGCAUCUUUUUCAUUGUUAGUAACAAGUAACUAAGGAAGUGCUAUUUAAUGUUUACAUUCCUUGUCUACUUUACAAAAAACCUAGAAUAUCAUUCAAUUGCAAAGAUGAUUAAAUUUCUCAUAAUCAUGUAAUUACGCAACUACAAAGUUCUUAAAUAAUUUACAAUGGACCAUAAACACAUAAUAUUAUUAAAUCACCAUGCUGAGUGGAGCGCUUUCAAAGCGCGGAAAUAUUCGUCGCGCUGAUUUUUGUGCUUCUUCUUUAAGUUAAUAAGGUCUUGUAUCCUGCAUUAUGUCUUCAUAGUCACCUAUAUCUUCUUAGAUACUAUUAAUUUUGUAUAAUUUUCUUUCGUGCAAAACUAACUAUAGUAGGGAAGCACUUAUCGUUACUAAUGUUAUUGCGUCUUUUCAUUUUUUUCUUCGUAGACGAAUAUCAUCGACAUCAAAUAUCUAUGAUAGAAAAGUGAAAUGGUUUUUACAUCCUUACAUACCCAAUGUAAAUGCAGCUUUCUGAAUGCUGCAAUAACUCUACUUUCUAUAAACCGCUGUAAAAGCAUUUUUUCGAUUUUGUUGAAACUUUAAAUAACAGACAACAGAACAUCUUAUAUCCAAUAGUAAAUAAAAGUAGUAUACUACAUUUCCACAAGUAUUUGUAACUCACUUUCAUGCAUACAUUCUUAUGAUACAUUAUACACUUAAGGCAUAAUUCUGAUUCGUCGUAGAGUUAAAAUUUACAUUAUGUAUAAAACUUUUAGGACAAGUCUGCCUGAUUUGUUCCCGCGUAAUUUGCAAAUAACAUAAAUAUUGAUUACAAAAGUGCAAUAUUUGUAUUGCGGAAUGUUACUGGGAACACAUACUAUCUAGAGUUAUCACUUUAACAAACACAUACUCACAGACGUAUUGAAACUUAAUCUAUAGAGCUGCUCUAAAACGUUAAACUAACCACGUAUUUUACGUAGCACUCAUCACGGUUAUAUGCAUUAUAUUUUUUCAAAAAUUGUUUUGCUUUGAAAUCAUUGGAUGAUGAUAAAAUGAUAGCAACAAAGUUCAUACAGCAGAAUAUUAACAUAUAGUUCAACUCAAAAUACAAUGUACAAAAUUCAGAAAUUGAAAAUACUUUUCAACUUUUUAUGAACACAUGAUUAUGCAAUGCAUGUUUCACUGAUCAUUUUACUCUGACAUUUACAAUACGCAGUUGCACCCUGUGUAUAAUCAAACUGCUCCAC